AGAACUGCUGUCCUCCCAGUCUAAUCGUUAGUCUUGCCAGACAUUCACAACCGUCCUACACUUGGACUCAGUGCGCAGGACACUAUCAGAACCAGGUUAUUGAAGCUCUUUAACCAUCAUUUCUUUGGCAUCCUCUCCAGCGCCAUGCCUGGCUAUUUCGUCGUAUCCACGGCGAUUCUAGCGAUCCUUCUGAAUUUCUUAUUCCGCUGGCUUAGGGAACCGAGUCUGCCCACAGUCAAUGCCUACCCGGGAGAUUUCACGAAGAAGAAAGCCCGCGAGGCAUUCCUGUCAAACGCGCAGGCCUUGCUGGCCGAGGGAGCCCGAAAGUUCAAUGGCCCGUUCCGCAUUAUCACCACGCCAGGGUCGCGUGUCAUUCUGCCUGAGUCUUGGACCUCUUUUGUCAAAGGCUGCAAGGAGCUAGAUCAUCUGGCACUUGUUCGUGCGGAGUAUUUCGGGGAUGUCGCGGGGCUAGAAGGGCUUACAGCCUUUCUCGAUCCGAAUCAUAUUUUGAUCGAUGUUAUUAAAACAAAAUUAAAUCAGAGUACUCAAUGCCAGGUCAUGCAUGAUCACAGCGCGGAGAUUUUGGCGGAAACAUGGACCAAGGAGACAGAAUGGCACCUGGUGGACUUUGACCAGGACAUCCUCACAUUUAUAGCCCGUGUGGCGUCAUUCAUCUUCGUCGGCCCUACGCUCGCCCGUAACCAGGAAUGGCAGACCCUGAUCACCACCUACACGUUGGUCUUCUUCAAUAGCGUUCGCGCCCUACGCGAUUGGCCGAAGGCUCUUCAUCCACUCGUCCAGUGGAUCCUACCGGACUGCCAAAAGGCACGCGACAAGGUUCGACUUGGUCGUCAGAUCCUAACGCCAAUUCUAGAAGAGCGAGCUGCCAUGAAGAAGGCUGCAGAGGCCGAGGGACGGGUCUUGAAGUUCGAUGAUACAAUCGAAUGGGUGCAUGAGGUUGCCAAAGGCCGUCCCUAUGAUCCGGUGGCUAUUCAGCUUGGCCUGGCUAUGGGUGCCUUCCACACUACAACGCAAUUGGCAAGACAGGCUAUCUUGGAUCUUGCUGUGCAUCAGGACCUGAUCGAGCCUUUGAGGGAAGAAAUAACGAAUGCAGUUCAAGAGAACGGAUGGACUGCUGCUGGACUGUUCAAGAUGAAGUUGUUGGAUAGCGUGAUCAAAGAAACCCAGCGCCUCAAGCCGGGUCUGUUAGCGAAUCUCGAACGCAUGACCACCGACGACGUCACCCUUCCCAACGGGGUCACUCUGCCCGCAGGAACCUGUGUCGGAGUCGAAUGCAACAUGUGGUCCGACGCCGAGACGUAUCCAUCUCCGGAGAAAUUCGACGGAUAUCGAUUCCUGCGAAUGCGCGAGGCCGGGGACAACACGGCCGUUUUGUCGGCGACUAAUCAGAAACAUGUCGCGUUUGGUAUUGGGCGGUCUCUUUGUCCGGGACGGUUCAUGGCUGCCAGUGAGAUCAAAAUUCUGAUCGCCAGAUUGCUGCUGGAUUAUGAUAUUCGGUUGACAGACGGGUAUGAGCCUCGCGUUUUACAUCAUGGGUUUGAGAUGUUGAGCGAUCCGAUGGCGAAGGUGGAGGUUAGGAGGAGAGGUUUUUAGGGUUGUUUAUGUAUGAUUUCUUUGUAUUCUAUACUGGACACUUUUGUUGCAUAAUCGAUCAAGCAGACUGUUUCUCCC